AUGGCCAUGUCGACUGAAUCCAUCGCCAAUGAUAUUGAGCGUGCAGGUCUCGACAAGCAUGGCUAUCUAUUCGGCCAAAAACUCACACAUUCGCUGUCUCCCUUCCUUCAUCAAGUCAUCUACGACCAUCUGAAUCUCCGCUGGAGCCAAGUUCGUCUCGAUUCAGCAGACCUACGACUCUUUUUAGAUCUGGUGCAGCAUCCAUCAUGCUACGGUGCAUCAGUUACAAUGCCAAACAAAGUGGCCAUUAUUCCUCAUCUUGAUGAAAUGACCGACGAAUGUCGCGACGUGGGAGCCUGCAACACAGUCUUCUUCAAAGAGAGGGAUGGCCAGCGAAUCUUGUGUGGUACAAACACCGAUGUCAUUGGUAUCCGCGACUCUUUUUUCUACAAUGUCAAGGAUCCGGCCUUCACAUACCACAACCGGCCAGCUCUCGUCAUUGGCGGAGGAGGUGCCGCACGAAGCGCCAUCUAUGCCCUACGAAAGUGGAUGAACGUCAAAGAAAUAUACCUCGUAAACCGCGAUGCUUCCGAAGUCGAGGCCGUCAUCCGGGACUGCACAUCACGAGGCUACGGUGAAGGUCUCUUACACAUUGCCACCGCAGAGCAGGCGAGAAAUGUUGAAGGCCCUGGUGCCAUUGUUGCAUGCGUGCCGGACUUUACACCGCAAACAAGCGACGAGAAACUUGCAAGACAAAUCACGGAGAUUUUGUUAGAUAAGAAGCACAAGGGUGCAAUGCUUGAAAUGUGCUAUAAUCCAACGCCAUUUACAGCGUUGGGCAUGCUGGCCGAGAAGAAAGGCUGGAAUGUUAUUCUGGGAACGGAGGCGCUUAUAUGGCAAGGCUUGGAGCAAGAUACAUAUUGGACUGGAAACACGAUUGAUGGAUUGCCGGCCGAGAAAGUAAAAGCUGCCAUUGCGGCGAAUGUAGCUCAGAGAUCACAGUCAAAAUUGUAA